AUGUCAACCACCACAACCAGUGGGAUUGUCCUAGCACUCGCGAUGAGUGAUCAGUCAGUAAUACUAGGCGGGUUGUUGAGAAAUGCGCUUUGUUUGACUUUGGAUCAGGAUUUGGAGAUAUCCAUAGAGGAUCAACUUUGUGAAAUCCUAACAAACUACGCUAGUAAUCAGGAGACUUUUGGCAAGGACUAUGUUCCUUGUGACUUGCGCACAUAUGUGGAUACUGAGUUGCCUACAAGGUUUCAAUUGACCAAUACUGAUUCGAAUUUUAACAGUGGAGCAGAGCACAGUUGGUCAGAGCUGUUAGAAGGUCAUUGGAAUUCUGCAGAGUAUGCAGUGGCUUUGCAAAUCAUCAUUUCUUUGACAGAUCUCUCUGUUUGGAAUAAGCUGAAAUUGGGAGAGAUUAAGGGCAUUAAGGAACUGUUGUUAAGGAGGAUAAUAGAUGUCGGCGAUACCGCUAUAAAUGUACAGGAAAAGCUAGCCGAUUUAUAUUGCGUGGUUGCAAGUGUCAAUUUUACAGCAAGGGACCUAUUGGAGUUAUACACGCAUUUUCCAGCUGGAUUGACCUACCGAACGCUUGAAAGUCUAGCCGCUCAAAUGUCAGAUCCCUCAGCACAAGCUUUUCUUCAGUUUGAGAACUGCUAUAGAAUCUUCAAGACCUCAAAACGUGAAGAUUCACGAUUUACACUACAGUUUUUCAUUCAGUUCAGUAAUAUCACUUCCAAUCGAAUAAUGACUGUCGGUAAGAACCUAUAUUUGGAGAUUAAAGAAGGACAAUUCUGUAUGUCGAAUGAUGAAUUCAUUAUUGCUUUAUUUGAGAAUCUGGAAUUACAAGCGGAGGCUCUUUAUUCAAUUGCUGUCACUAUCAAUGAAAACGAUAUCUCUUUGUAUGUCGAUGGAAAUUUAAUUGAUAGCCUCACCUUGUUUGAGGGAUCGAUCACAGCUAUAAAUCAGUUCGAGUUGGGCUCCAUGAUUUCCUCUUUUAAGCUUUACAGGUUUGUGAUUUUCAAUGAUAUCUUAUCCGAAGAGUCGAUUAAGCUCAUCCAUGCGAUGGGCAGUUCGUUCAGAAAUAGCUUGGAAGAGACAAUCGACAUGCAUGAUAUUAGGUUAGCUUUAGGAGACAAGUUUUUGGAGAGCUUAUGCAGAGAUUCCAACUAUGUUGAUCGAUUAUUGGAGAACCUGCGAGAAACAAUCAAAAGAUGCAUUAUGGUAGACCUCGAUCCCACUUAUCUUUGUGUUGCUGGGAAUUCCCUGGUUCGUGCCCAUGAGGAAUUGCAGGACAGUUCUUUCACAUACAUGGCGAUGGGAAAAUGUUUUCAUUACAGACCUGCUCCUUUAGUUCCAAUAUUCCAGUCUAUCAAUUGCUUUAGAUACAUUCUUUGCAAUCUUGAGAAUUCCAGAGAUAUGGACGAACUUUUCCAAUAUUUGUCUCACUUGAUGACUAUUCUGCGAAAUAACUAUAUGCGGGCCCUGUACAGGAGAGAUUACGGAUUUCCACUACUAUCACAUAUCUUGGUCACAAGAGUACGAAGAAAAUUAAAAUUAUCGCUGCCAAUACAAUUCUUCAACUUAUUUCAGAAAUUUUGCGGAUGGAACUUCUCCAAUAUCAGCAAAUCUCUGAUAGAGGACGAAAGCGCUUAUCAGUCUCUGAUUUUAAAUAUUGAUAUUUGGUACACAAGCUCUUCGGAAUCUCACUCAGGUCACGGUGGAGUAGAGAUAAUACGAUUUUUAUUAUUUCAGAUUGGUAGUCUUAUAGAGGCCUCGGAACUUUGCUCGUUGAACUCACAAAAACUUCGAAAGCUGAAUGUUUUAAAGACUUUUUGCAAUAAUCAGCACAUUUUUGCUGAGCAGCAGGGAUAUCCGAAUGUGUUUGAUGAAUUAUCGAGCGACCUUUCCAAUGUGUACAAUUUAUUGUUGAAGGAUGAGUUACGCAGGGCUAAUAUUCAAUGGUUUCUUCAAUUCUCAUACUCUGAACUCAAAAGUGGAUUCUAUCAAAACAGUGAAGUUGCAUUUGAUGCUGUUGACUCGUUGUUCACCGAAGUAUUGGAUACUACCGAGACAAACAAAAUUCGCUGUAUUACCGACUCUAUUUCCUGCAAAUUUUUACUGAUGGCUCUCGGUGAGACUAUACUCGGUAAAAGAAGCCCAGUGACUAUUUUGAACAUUCUGCUCAAAGUUUUGUUGGUGAAUGAGACCGCAUACAAAAAUUUCAUUAGGAGCAAUGGAUUAGAUCUCCUAUUUUACAUGCUUAAAAAUGCGGAUUCCUGCUACUAUGAAGACGUUGUCUACUUAUUAUAUGGUUAUUCCCUAGGAGACUAUAAUGUCGAGCUUAAUCUCAAACAAUUUGAAAACGGUAUCAUUCAUCCAAAUGCAACAGUAAUUAUGAAGGAACUACAACUGCUAUCGAUUAAUCUGCUGGAAUGGGCAGUGGUAAACGACAUUAGUAAUACAUUUCAGAUGGAUUUAGACUAUUUCAUCACUAUCUUCAUCAAAAAAUUGGGCUCAAUUCUGGCUAGAGUUAGCGAGGAGACUAAGCUAGAUUCGUUCAUGGUAUCAUUGUAUUCAGCUCUCCUGGAUAUUCUAACUACUCUGACAAAACCGCAAAAUUCUUCUAUUUACGAGGGAUCAGCUAGCGUAAUCAAGAAACUGCUAGCGGACAACGUUACAAAGGCUCUGAUGAGUAUGGGAGUAUGGGAUUUUGAGCGAUACUUUGAAGCAACGAUAAGUCCGCCUCAUGGAGAGAUGAGGAGUCUAGCCAUUGGUGAAAAUGAGUUCGACUAUUUCGAGCUUGCAUAUUUGAGAUCCAUAAUUCCAGCUAUUUUCACGGACUUGAAGGAAAUGACAGAGUUCUUUACGGAGAGACUAUUUGAAAGCGAUUGCAUGCUUUUCAAUUUUCAGCAUAUAUUUAACAGGCUCAAACAGCUUCUCAUUGUUUUUAAGAUGGAGCCAAUUGUUUAUGUUAAUAUGCUUAAAUGCACUUUAGCAUGCAUUAAAUCGGCAAAGGAAAGACACGGCUGUAAAAAAGCUACUAUGACAUCGCUAGUUGAUGCAUUUGCUUUUACGUCGCUGGCGUUAUUGUAUCCUGGCUUGUGGAAGGACGGCUCGCUUGACCGCGAUAGUCUUCAAUGUUGCACCACUUUUUUCAUUGACUAUGGAGUUGAAGUCUUAGAUAAUGAUUUUUCCCACUACAGUGACGGUAUAGCUCGUUUUAUGUGUUGGUCUUUAUUUCAACAAAUCAUCACCGAAGGAUCUAACAAAACACUCACAGACUCGUUAAAAAUGGUGCUUGAGAGCAAAGGCGAUGAGUUUGCUUCCCAGGCGCUGGGCGAGGAUGAUCUCUCGAUCAUACUUACGGUAAUCCAGGUGCGCUCAGAAACUGAUACUGAGUCUAUUCAGCAUUAUAUCAGUGUUCUCGAAAACCGGCUUCAAGUUGAUGCAGUGAGCAGCUCUUUCUCCAGCAUUGAGUCUAAGGAACGUGCAUGCAUGUAUUCAGUGGAUCGUUUAUCUAAAGAAGUUUGUGCUCAUCGAGAUUUGAGAAUGGAGUCGAAAAUAAACGAACUCCGAAAGAGAAAUAGUCUCUUUCGAAGCGAUAACGCUGUUCUCGAUAGAAACUUGAGGAUCAAUUUUAAAAAACAUCAUACCAAUUUUGUAACGGACAAGGAAGAAGAUUACUUACUACAUGGCCAGCAAUAUCUCGCAUUGGUAAAGCAGCUCAGAUAUACGGUAGGCCUGCAGUUGGGUAGUUCAAGUGAUUGCGAUUGGGGGAUCGAUUCUGUUGAAAAUUUCAAUGGAAUGAAAGGUCGCUUGGCUCCGUUCGUAGAAGCUGGUGGCAUAUGCGAAAUCGAUACCAACAGCGAUCAGCAGAAGAUGGAAUUUGAUUCAAGAAUGUCCUUGGAGACUCAACCUAAAACAACAAACAAGAGCCUCCUAUCAUAUGAUCUAAUGUCAGAAUUAGAUACCUUAGAAGUGCUAACCGGUGACAAGGAGGAUGAGAAUAGAAAAAUUCUCAAGAUUUUAAAGGGCAAUGACAGCAUUAGAAGAAUAUGGAAUACCAGCCUUGUCAUUGGUUUGGACGUGAGGGAGGGUGUUUUGAUAUUUGGUCAAGAUAAUUUGUAUUUUGUGAGCAACUACAGUUUUGUUAAGGCGGAAAACAGGGUUCUCAAACUUUCAGAGGUCCCUCUUUCUGAUAGAGAUGCAAACAUAAGCUUAAUCACCGGUUCAAUAGGCAAGCCUCAGGGAAACGCAAACAGUCACGAUGUUCAGAUCUGGAAGCUGCCGGAACUCGCUUCCGUUAUUAAAAGACCUUUUUUAUUAAGAGAUGCGGCCAUGGAGCUCAUGUUUGAGAAUGGGACAAGCUUUUUCCUAAGCUUUAAGAACAAGAGUUACCGAGAUGACGUUUACUAUGUUCUUGAUAAACUUCCUAAAAAUGAAAAUAUUGACCCAGUGCUGUACACUACUCUUCAAGAACUGAAUAACAGUAGCGGUACAAUUGGUUUGCAAAACGGCAUUUACAAGACUACUUUGAAGACAAAAUUUGUCAAAGCUUUCGCAACAAGUUUGAGUAUUACAGAGGGGUUCUCAGCAACGACUAAGUGGCAAAAGGGAGAGCUUUCAAACUUUUACUAUCUGAUGACAAUAAACACGCUCGCCGGCAGAACUUUUAACGAUAUCACUCAAUAUCCCGUUUUUCCUUGGGUCAUUGCAGAUUACACCAGUGAAGAAUUGGACCUCGAUGAUCCCUUGACUUUCAGGGAUCUGUCUAAACCCAUGGGUGCUCAGUCGGAAAGAAGAAGAGCUCAAUUCAUUGAAAGGUACGAAGCUUUAGAAUCUUUAGGAGAUCCUGACUCACCUCCAUUUCAUUAUGGUACUCACUACUCCUCUGCAAUGAUAGUUUCGUCGUAUCUAAUCCGUUUGAAGCCAUAUGUCGACUCUUUUCUGUUACUGCAGGACGGUAAAUUUGGGCACGCUGAUCGCCUAUUCAAUUCUAUUGGGCGUGCCUGGUCAUCCGCAGCGAUUGAGAAUACGACCGAUGUACGUGAGUUGACACCAGAGUUUUUUUUCCUCCCAGAGUUUCUCGUGAACCUGAAUAAUUUCGAUCUCGGUAAAGAUCAACAAGGCAACAGGGUUAGCGAUGUCACAUUGCCUCCAUGGGCGAAGAACGAUCCCAAGAUAUUUAUAGCCAAAAACAGAGAGGCACUGGAAAGUCCUUACGUCUCAUCCCAACUUCAUUUAUGGAUUGAUUUGAUAUUUGGGUCAAAGCAGCGAGGCGAAAACGCAUUAGCGGCCAUCAAUGUUUUCAAUAAUCUCAGCUAUCCUGGAGCCGUUUAUUUGGAUAGCAUUAGUGAUGAAAAUGAGAGACGAGCAGUGACAGGAAUCAUUCAUAACUUUGGACAAACCCCAUUACAAAUCUUUCAAGACGACCAUCCAACAAGAAUUGUAACCAAAAUUAAACAUAUCAAUGAAAACAUAUGGCAACAGUUAAGGCAAAGACCCAGCCAUAUUUAUCAGCCGCAGAAACGGGAUACUCACGACAUCGCAGUGCGUUAUAUUUUCUGGGAAGUGUAUCCUGAUGGGACAGUUUGCUGGAAGGCAUAUCCAUUCUUGGAUGUCACUAUCAGUAGCAGUUCUCACUUGUUGCCAUUGAGAAUGAAAGGACAGUUCUCUUUACAAAUAGGACCAGAGACAUACGACUUUUUGCACUGCUCUCGAAUUUCAAGCUUUUCUCUUUGGAGACAACAAGAGUUUGUUACUGGUGAUAUAAACGGAAUAGUCAAGAUCUGGAGAUAUGAGGGGAUCAGAAGUAAUAAAAGCGCACAGCUCAGCUGCUUAGGAACACUUUACGGGCACCUUUCCGAAGUCAAGGACAUUAAAGUAUAUUACGACUAUAAUACUUUACUUUCUCUGGACACCGAUGGAACCAUUUAUUUGUGGGACCUAAUUGACUAUAAGAUAGUGAGACGUAUAUCGUCAAUAGCUUCGCAAGCUGCAAUUUCCCAGAAUCAAGGUACUAUCGCCGUCUUCACCAUGGAUAUGAUGCUGAUGGUAUACAACUUCAGCGGCAUGUUGUACAUUAGCGAGCCUUUCAAUCCCGAUACGACAGUCACGAGCAUAGAGUUCGUGAAUUUUUCUUCUGUCGACUUGGGUUCCAAACGUCAUGCAUAUUGGAAAGAAAAGGAAGUGAUUGUAGUCGGAUGCGACAAUGGUACCUUACAAAUUUACGAGCUUGUCCUAGAGCAAAAGUGGAAAUUGAGGUUUAUUCGGCAGCUGGAAACAGGUAAACGUUUUGCAAUUACCGCUAUCAGAACUCAGCUGAGAAUUCACAGUUCUGAGGACGAUGACGAAAUUGUGAAAGAGACACCAAAACUUGAAAUAAUGGCAGGGGACACUCAUGGUUUCCUUUACUUAUGGAAAUAA